AUGUUGAAUUUACAUGCCAAGCAGGUACGUGUCCGCUUAUCCCGGCGAGGCAAGUGUAUUCUCUCGCUACAAAAUGGAUAUGUAAUUCCUCUUAUUAGAAUUUCUUCUUCUUUUUUUAAAUUAUUUGCUUCUUUUUUUUUUUGUCUUCUUCCUGAAUUUUCUUUUCUUUUUUUUUUCUUUUUCUUCUACUUUUUCUUUUGUUUUUUCUUCUAUUCUUUUUUCUGCUUCUCCUCCUCUUUUUUUCUUUUUUUCUUUUUCUUUUGUUUUUGUUUUUUCUUUGUUUUCUUUUUUCUUCUGCUUUUUUCUUUUCUUUUUAUUUUUCUGCUUUUUCUUGUUUUUUCUUUUCCUUUUUUCUUUUUCUCUGCUUUUUCUUUUCCUUUUUCUGCUUUUUUCUUUUCUUUUUUGAUUUUUCUUUUGCUUUUUUCUUUUCUUUUUAUUUUUCUGCUUUUUCUUUUUUUUUUUUCUUUUUUCUGCUUUUUCUUUUCUUUUUUCUGCUUUUCCUUUUUUUUCUUUUGUUUUCUUCGUUUGUUUCUUCUUUCUACUUUUUCUUUUCUUUUCUUUUUUCUACUUUUUUGUUUUCCUUUUUCUCUGCUUUUUCUUUUCCUUUUUCUGCUUUUUCUUUUGCUUUUUUCUUUUCUUUUUCUUUUUCUUUUUUCUUUUUUUCUUUUCCUUUUUUUCUGCUUUUCCCUUGUUUUUUUUUCUUCUUUUCCUUCCGCUUUUUAUUCUACUUUUUCUUUUGUUUUUUUUUUCUUCGUUUGUUUGUUCUUUCUACUUUUUCAUUCAUCUUUUAUUUUUCUUUUGAUUUUUCUCCUACUUAUUCGCUCGUUUUCUUUUUGUUUUGUUUUUUUCAUGUCUGCUUUUUCACUUGAUUUUCAUUUUCUUUUGUUUUCCAUUUUGAUUUUUCUUAUCCUUCUUUUAUUUUUCUUCUUUUUCGUUUGUUAUUUUUUUCUUUUUCUUCAUCUCUUCUUUUUUCUUUCUUUUUCUUUAGCCUCUUACCUCAUUUUUUUCUUCUUUUUGUCGCUCUUUUUGUGUUUUUUCUUUUGCUUGUUUUGCUUUUUUUCGUUUUUUUUUCUUUCUUUAUUCACUUCUUUUUCUUUUUCUUUAUCUUUUCUACUUUUCGCAUCAUUCUUUUUUUUUUUUCGAUUUCUUCUUUACUCUCUUUUCUUAUUUUUUGGAUUGUUCUUCUUUUUCAUUUUCUUUUCCUUUUUCUUCUCUUUUUAUUUUUUUCUUCUUUUUCCUUUUGUUUCUUUUUCCUUCUUUUUUCGUCUUAUUCAUUCUCUUCUUCCUUCUUCACUUCCCCGUCUUUCUCAUUUUCGUUCUUUCUUCAUCGCUUUUCCAUUUCACCUUUUCUUUCGAAAUUCUUCAUUAUCUUCAUUCGUCUAA